GCUGGGGCCGGGCCCGUCCGGGUGCGGCGGGUGCCGAGGGAGGGAAAAUUCGGUAGAGCCGCUGCCGGUCCUGGUACCGAAACGGUGCGGGGGGGGGAGCCGGGGCUAGAAGGCAAACAGCGGGAGGGUGCGCGGAGCGGCGUGGCGGGGCCCCGCGGCCCCCCGCUGGGCUCUCCCCCUUCCUUUCCUGGCGUAGGACGCGCGUCCCCGGGCGGGGCCUCCCCGGGCCGGUGCGCGGAGCCGGGAGCCGGUCGGUGCUGCCGCUGCUGCCGCCUCGCCCGGCGCCGCGGGGCGGGCGGGGGGCGGGCGCCCGGGGCCGCCGGUGUGCCCGCCCGGCCCCGCCGAGCCCGCGGGGGCAGCAGGAGCGGGGAGCGCGGCAGCCGAGCAGCCUGUGUCGGGGGGCGAGGGAAGGGAGGAAGGAUACAUGAGAUGCUGAAAAGAGAGAAAAUGCUAUGCUGGGGAUACUCGUCUUUUGGACAACCUGGCAUAGGUAGCAACCUCCAGGUCAUCAUUCCUGAACCGCAGGUGUAUGGAUUCAUUCAUGACAGAAAUGUCAAGGAGGUGGCAUGUGGAGGAAAUCACUCUGUGUUUCUGUUGGAAGAUGGGGAAGUGUACACCUGUGGCUUGAACACCAAAGGCCAACUGGGGCAUGACUAUGAAGGAAGCAAACCAGAGCAAAUCGGAGCGCUGGCCGGGCAGCACAUUGUGCACGUGGCCUGCGGAGAGUCUCACAGCGUGGCACUCAGCGACCAGGGCCAGCUCUUCUCCUGGGGCGCCGGCAGCGAUGGACAGUUGGGCCUCACCACUAUAGAAGAUGCAGUGACAGUACCAAGGUUGAUAAAGAAAUUGAACCAACAGAUGAUACUGCAGGUUUCCUGUGGAAAUUGGCAUUGCCUGGCUUUGGCAGCAGAUGGCCAGUUCUUCACAUGGGGGCAGAACAGCUAUGGCCAGCUGGGCUUGGGCAAAGAAUGUCCCUCCCAAGCCAGCCCACAACGUGUCAAAUCUCUUGAUGGUAUCCCUUUGGCUCAGGUUGCUGCAGGUGGAGCCCACAGUUUUGCCCUCUCUCUCUCAGGAGCUGUGUUUGGCUGGGGGAAGAACAGCUCGGGACAGCUGGGACUGAGUGAUGAACGAGACCGGGAAUCCCCUUGUCAUGUGAAGCUGUUGCGGUCUCAGAAGGUUGUUUACAUCAGCUGUGGAGAGGAACACACAGCAGUUCUGACAAAGAGUGGAGGGGUGUUCACGUUCGGUGCAGGUUCCUGCGGGCAACUGGGACAUGACUCAAUGAAUGAUGAAGUGAACCCCCGAAGAGUUCUUGAGCUAAUGGGCAGUGAAGUAUCCCAGAUUGCUUGUGGCAGACAUCACACUUUAGCCUUUGUGCCUUCUUCAGGAAUGAUCUAUGCAUUUGGCUGUGGAACAAGAGGCCAGCUGGGAACGGGGCACACUUGCAAUGUUAAGUGUCCCUCUCCUGUCAAGGGUCACUGGGCAGCUCACAAUGGGCAACUCUCAGGGAAACCUGAUGCCUGUAAAUAUCACAUUGUUAAACAUAUCUUCUCUGGAGGAGACCAAACAUUUGUGCUUUGCUCCAAAUAUGAGAAUUCCUUGCCUGCUGAUGAUUUCCGGACCAUAAAUGAAACACGUUACACCUGUUUAAUAAAUGAUGAAACUAUAGAUGUCUGGAGGCAAAAGCUUUUAGAAAAGAACAGUUCUAAUUCUGUCAAUAGUGUUGUUCAGAUACUGUCCUCAGCUGCCUGCUGGAAUGGAAGCUUCUUGGAGAAGAAAAUUGACGAACAUUUUAAAACCAGUCCGAAGAUCCCAGGGAUUGAUCUGAACUCCACCAGAGUGCUGUUCGAGAAGCUGAUGAACUCUCAGCACUCCAUUCUCCUAGACCAGAUACUGAAGAGCUUUGAAAGUUUUUUGAUUCCUCAGCUGUCCAGCUCACCACCAGAUGUCGAGGCAAUGAGGAUCUAUCUGAUUCUCCCUGAAUUCCCACCCUUCCAAGACUCCAAGUAUUAUAUCACAUUAACACUUCCUCUAGCAAUGGCUAUUCUGCGCCUAGAUACAAACCCCAGCAAAGUUCUUGAUAACUGGUGGUCUCAAGUGUGCCCAAGAUAUUUCCUCAGGCUAGUGGACCUCUAUAAAGGCGCAGUAGUUUACCUCCUCAGCGGAAGAAAGACGUUGUUGAUUCCAGUUCUGUUCAGUAGCUACAUUACAGCUGCUCUCAGACUUCUGGAGAAACUCCACAAGGUAAAUCAGAAGGUUAAACACGUAGAAUAUGAUAAGUUUUAUAUCCCUGAGAUUUCCAGCUUGGUGGACAUUCAGGAGGAUUAUCUCAUGUGGUUCUUGCAUCAGGCUGGAAUGAAAGUAAGACCAUCUAUCAUGCAGGAUGCUGUGACACUCUGUUCUUAUCCUUUCAUCUUUGAUGCUCAGGCUAAGACCAAGAUGUUACAGACAGAUGCAGAACUACAGAUGCAGGUUGCAAUAAAUGGUGCAAAUUUGCAGAAUGUCUUCAUGCUUCUCACCCUGGAGCCUCUGCUGGCCAGAAGCCCCUUCCUGGUACUUCAUGUUCGCAGGAGUAACUUAGUUGGUGAUGCUUUAAGGGAGCUGAGCAUCCAUUCAGACAUUGAUUUGAAAAAGCCUCUUAAAGUUAUCUUUGAUGGUGAGGAAGCUGUUGACGCUGGAGGAGUGACAAAGGAAUUCUUCCUCCUGUUGUUAAAAGAACUCCUCAACCCCAUCUAUGGCAUGUUCACUUACUACCCAGAGUCAAACCUCCUGUGGUUUUCAGACACGUGUUUUGUAGAGCACAACUGGUUUCACUUAAUUGGCAUCAUAUGUGGUCUUGCAAUAUACAACUUCACAGUGGUAGACCUUCACUUUCCCUUGGCUCUGUACAAAAAACUCUUGAACGUGAAGCCCUGCCUAGAGGAUUUGAAGGAGCUAUCCCCUACGGAAGGAAGGAGUCUUCAGCAACUUUUAGAUUACCCUGGGGAAGAUGUAGAAGAGACAUUCUGCUUGAAUUUUACAAUCUGCAGGGAAAGCUAUGGUGUGACCGAGCAGAAGAACCUGAUUGAAGAUGGAGAUAAAAUUCUGGUGCAGAAGGACAAUAGGAAAGAGUUUGUUGAAGCCUACGUAAAUUAUAUCUUCAAUCUCUCCAUCCAUGAGUGGUAUGCGGCCUUUUCCACUGGCUUCCUGAAAGUGUGUGGUGGGAAAGUCCUGGAACUCUUCCAGCCCACAGAGCUCAGAGCCAUGAUAGUUGGAAACAGUAACUACAACUGGGAGGAACUGGAGGAGAGUGCUGUCUACAAGGGAGACUACACUGCGACACACCCAACUGUGAGAAUGUUUUGGGAAACCUUUCAUGCAUUUCCCUUGGAAAAGAAGAAGAAAUUUCUCUUGUUUCUGACGGGCAGCGACCGCAUUCCCAUCUACGGCAUGUCCAGCCUGCGCAUCGUCAUCCAGUCCACCGCCAGCGGGGAGCAGUACCUGCCCGUGGCACACACCUGCUACAACCUCCUGGACCUGCCCAAGUACAGCAGCAAGGAGAUCCUCAGCGCCCGCCUGGUGCAAGCCAUUGAUCACUACGAGGGCUUCAGCUUAGCUUGACCUGCGUGGGAGAGGCGCAGACGCUUGGGUACGGAGGAAGAAAACGAUGGGCGUGGCUUUAUUUUUGUAAAGGAAGGGAUCAGAACAUUGCGGGGGGGAAAAUAGAAUUCAUAAUAAUAUUAAUAAUAGAUUGAAAUGAUGCAGUCUCAGCCUGAUGCUGCCAGCAUUUUGUGGGGCUUCAGCAGGGACAGGCUAUUGCUUUUAAUUUUCUCACCUACUGAACAAAAUCAGUUCAGUGGUCAUUUUUAUUGGUUUCUCUCCAACUCGACAUCACUGCCCUCCCAGCAAUGCCUUGUAGUUUGCUUUUAUCACCCACAGGCACACGCUCUCACACUCCCUCUCUCUCAUACACUUUCUUUCACACUCUAUCUCACGCUCACCUCUCCUUUUAAUCCAGUUUAAAUAUUUUGAUGUUCCUUGCAUUUAGGCUAUGGUGGAAAUUAAGGAUGAACUGGUGAUCUCCUUUUUGAAAAGCUGUGAUUUCCCCCUACCCUUUUUACCUCCCUUUUUAAAUGCAAGCUGGUUCUUGCUUUGAAUGGAAAUAUCCCCUCUGUCCUUGGCGGAUGGUACUGGGCUGGGACGUCAUUUGUGACCCCCAGGGCGGUGUAUUAGUGAUGCUCUGUCUUUUUGCACCAGGAUGUCUCAUGGAGAAUGUGAUAGUUUGGGGGUGGGGGGUGUUGGCUUGUUUUUUCUUACUUGUCUCAAAUUUUAUUUCUAAGCAAUGUCUUCUUAAAGAAGCCUCAGACUCCUCAGGGGCAGGGUUUGUGUUCAGGCUUGUGGAAGGACAAACCCUACUUAGAAUAAUGGGUUUCUCAAAUUGCAUCUCUCUUGUGUUGUGUUUCUAUCUUGGCAAGUCUAGAGGUUUGACGGGUGGGCACUGCCGAGCUCGAGCUCUGUUUUUCCAUCCGAACAGACCUGUUAUUCCAACACAAGGUGAGGUGGCUGCUUUUGCCACUGCCGCCUUUUUCCAGAGGAGUCGCGCGCGUGUGAAUGUACGUGUGAGGGGGGGUGUGAGGUGUGUACGAGCUCUCCAGUCCCAUCAGGUCAGAGAAGAGGAAUAAGCAUGAGACCGCGCAUUUGAGCCGUAACCUUCUGUUUGGAGAUUGGUUUUAUCCUUGCAGUUAGGGUUACGUUAUUUUGCUGGUUGGGAGGAGCCCUUUCACGUGACAGCUGUUGUGCUGGGGGGCCCUAAAGGACAAUCUGUAUGAAUUAGACUGGAAAUGUACAUUAGGACUUGAGUAGGCAAAAUUAUUAUCUAAAUCUAUCCUGUAAGAUUGGAGAGCCUUUAUCCUCUUUCCUCCAGUCUCAUACCCCCUCCCAUCACAUGAAGUUUGAAUGAGCCUCCCCCCCCCCCCCCCCCCCAAUUUUUCAGGUCUUGAUGUAAAUCUCAUUUUAAGCCUAGCGUGGUUUUGACAUUGACUUGUUACUAGGACAUAGUAUUUAUGCAUCAUGUUCAAUAUGCAGUAUUGAACUUUGCACCUCAUAACAAAAGGUUUUAAAGGCUUCUGGGUUUUUUAAGACAAGCUGUAGGCUACACCGAGAGCCCUCCAGCCUCUUUCUAAUGCAGCAUUGAAGACAAAUACACAGUUAUAUAUAAAAUGUUUAUUUUCGAUGUGUGUGUACAUAGUACAGUAUUAUGCAAUAAAUUUGAUGUUUAAUUCUGA